UAAUUAAUAAGAAGAAUUGAAUUCAAUGACAGUAACACUAUCAAUUAAUUAGGUAGCCAAAUACUUCUUGUUGAUAUUGAUAGCUUUCUUAUUGUUGUAUUUAUCAAAAUAAUGGAAAAAGUUAAAAUUAAAUUUUAUCUCAAAAGUGUGUGUGGGGGGCAAAACAUACCUUUUGCCCCACCCCCCCUGUCCAAAAAGUGAGGGGGCACUUGCCCCCCUUGCCCCCCUAUUCCUACGCCAAUGUAAAGUUGCCGCAGAGUGAAGGCAUUAGGUAUUCAACGCGGUAUUUUAUUCCGAAACGCCAAACCGGAAGCCGCGCCGAACGUAAGCGCUGCGUUAUCGCCGCUGUGACGUAGAGGACGUGUCUCCUGCAAAUGCGACGAGAUGAACGUUGGCCGUAUUCUCAACACCCGCUCCCUUGCUGCGCUCUCGCUGAUGUUUGGAGGUUUUUGCGGCCGUUAAAUCCGUGUUUUCUCCCCGGGGAUCAGCCCGGGACUGUGGCAGCCCCGUCGGCUGCAGCGGACAUGGAUUGAUCCAUUAUUCCUUGGGAAGGGGGAGCAGCCGAACCUGGGCAGAACUGAGCGUUAGCCGGACAGCCAUGGAGGCAGACGGAAGAGCCUGGGAAUGUUGUGUCACUAAAAGCUCCGCGCUGCUGAAUCAGAUCCUGUUAUAAACAGUUGCUGUUGGAAAAUUUCUGGUUUCAUCCAUGCAAAUCCUGGAAAAAAGCGUGCACACGCAGUGGAUAUGUCAGCUGUCUGUGCACACUUUGCAGAAACCUUUCUAGUUUUUUCCCAUGCGUCCAUUUCUGCAGCUAUAAUGCCCAGUUUCCAAUAAAACUAAUGCUUGAUGCCAUAGAACUGAUAUAUAACUAAUUUAUUUAAUGCGUGUAUGUGCUCUCUGUUUCUAAGUGCCCCCACUCCUUCCUUCCUAAAAGGUUUAGGUUGAACUUUGACCCCCUGAGUGCAGCGUUGUCAGCAGGAGGCCCAGUUAUAGUUAUAUGGGAACCAGCUCUAGCUGCAGCAGGGCAGCUGUAGGUCAGCAAUGGGAGGCUCUGUGUCCUGCUGCUUCUCUCCAGGAGAGAGUCCAAAACUCCACAGGAGACACGUGGAUCUGGACGAGUGUCCCAUCACCACCACAGAGGACGUGAGCGAGGACACUGGGACGUACCUGCAGCACAUCAGCGACAGGGAGCUCCCCGAUGAACUGGCCCAAGAGGCGAACCCAUCGGACCACCCCAGAGCCAGCACCCUCUUCCUCAACAAGUCCCAGACUGAUGUGCGCGAAAAAAGGAAAAGCAACUACAUGAACCAUGCAUCCCCAGGGCUCCUGACUAAAAAGUACAGCUCCUGCUCAACAAUUUUUAUCGAUGAUAGCACAGUGAGCCAACCAAACCUUAAGAGUACUAUCAGAUGUGUUGCUUUGGCAAUAUACUAUCACAUCAAAAACAGAGAUUCCAACCGCUCUCUGGAUAUAUUUGAUGAGAAGAAGCACCCUCUGUCGAGAGAAAAGGUCCCGGAUGAUUAUUCAGUGGUUGAUCCUGAGCACAAACUGAUCUACCGUUUCAUCAGGACACUCUUCAGCUCUGCGCAGCUCACAGCCGAGUGCGCCAUCGUCACUCUAGUGUACCUGGAAAGACUUUUGACUUACGCCGAGAUAGACAUUUGUCCCUCCAACUGGAAGCGCAUCGUUCUUGGCGCCAUCCUGCUGGCUUCCAAAGUCUGGGACGACCAGGCCGUCUGGAAUGUCGAUUAUUGCCAGAUACUGAAGGAUAUCACAGUGGAGGACAUGAAUGAGAUGGAGCGUCACUUCUUGGAGCUGCUUCAGUUUAACAUCAACGUUCCAGCCAGCGUUUACGCCAAGUAUUACUUUGACCUGCGUUCUCUGGCGGAUGACAACAACCUCAACUUCCCUCUGGAGCCACUAAGCAACAAGCGAGCCCAAAAACUGGAGGCCAUAUCCAGGCUGUGUGAGGACAAGUACAAGGACAUGUGCAAAUCUGCUAUGAAGAGGUCCAUGAGUGCGGACAAUAUGGUUGGCAUCAAGAACUCGCAGGCUGUGCUUUCCUGAAUCAGUCAAAAACUCGUCUUAGAUCUUCCUAAGUGGACUGAACUACUGAUAAAGGAUUUCGGAGAAGACAACCAUCCUUGAGGGAUUAAAUGUCAAUUGUAGAGGCUAAAUAUACAACACUAUAACAUUAUUAAUCAUGUCUUUGUAUUAAUUCCCAAAAAAACUUUAUUGGUUUUCCGUUAAAAGCAUGAGGAUUUCGUGACAUAUAUUGGAGGAAAACAGUAUAAAAUGCUUCCUCAAGUCCCACAAGUUUCUUUGUAUCUCCUUUUUUUUUAUUAUGUUCUUGGGGAGUAAUUAUCCGGCUGCUGCCACCUUGUCCCCAGCAGUAUUUACACAACAAAAACUGUCAUGAACUACCCUGUGGCGUAGUUGUGCACAUGGACAACAAGAUGUUUUGCUUACUGUGUAGGCUUCUAUAGCUGUGAAAUGUUCUAGACUUUAUUUAAUUUAAAUAAAUUUCACUCGCUGUUUCAA